GAAGUGUUCAGUACGCGCGCCGCACAAUAAACAUUGCAAAUACCGUACAAAACAUCUCUCCGCAUCCCGCGCUUAUAAUUACUUUUAUGGCGCAUCAGCAGCAACAAAGACGACGCCCCACCACGGCCCCCACAGCCAUCAAAAGCCAUCAGCAGGAAAGCCGCAGCCACUGUAUUAGCAGCUAACACUGGCACACAUCAUUGCGUUUAAACAAAUAUUUUGCCACCAUUUUGCACCGUCUUGGAGCUAAAGCUCUCCAUUGAUUUAUUGGACCAAGCAGAGGAAGUACCGCAAGACAUUGCCAGCUGUUGUGAGAGCAGAGAGAAGGAGAACGAGAGAGAGAGAGAGAGAGAGGAAAGUGAAUUUUUUGCCGGUCAACGUCCUGCGGUGAGGUGAAGGUGAGCGAAAGGACAUUGCGCCUACAUACCGGCUUCCCUCCCACGCGCUGAAACACAAACACUCUCACACACGCUCGGUGGUCUACAUUGGGCAAAAACAAAGUUGUUAAAGAUAAGCGAAGACCGGUAAACACCCACAACAGCGUAAUCGGACUACGCGCCUCCCGCAACCGACAACCAGUAAACACUCACCCCCCCCCGCGAAGCAACAACACACACGAUAUGCGCCUGUUCCCGGUACGCCUCUCGGCCGCCUCGUCCUCGAUGGCGAGCCUGACCAAAAUGCUCGACUUCUACUCGGGCUUCAACCCAUCGCCGCUAUCCAUCAAACAGUUUAUGGACUUUGGGCAAAAUGCGUGCGAGAAAAAGUCGUACAUAUUUCUGCGAAAGGAGCUGCCGGUGCGAUUGGCCAACAUCAUGAAGGAGAUUGCCCUGCUGCCGGACAAUCUGCUGCACACCAGAUCCGUCAGCGAGGUGAGCUCCUGGUACGUGAAGAGCUUCGAGGAGGUGCUGGAGUACGAGAAGGCCGAUCCCACACACGACAAUUUGCACAAGUUUGUGCAUCAUCUGGAUCUCAUUAGGAAUCGGCACAACGAUGUGGUGCAGACGAUGGCACAGGGCGUCAUUGAAAUGAAGGAGAACGAGGGCGGCACGGUAGAUGCGCCCACCGAGAGCUCUAUACAGUACUUUCUCGAUCGGCUGUACAUGUCGCGCAUCAGCAUCCGGAUGCUGAUCAAUCAGCACACUCUGCUCUUUGGAGCGAAUCCCCACUCGGGUGGUCGGCACAUCGGCUGCCUGGACCCAGCCUGUGACUUGUCGGACGUGGUGCGCGAUGCGUAUGAGAACGCCCGCUUCCUCUGUGAUCAAUAUUAUCUGACGAGCCCCGCGCUGGAAAUCCAGGAGUAUUGCCGUGAGCCAGAGGGCAACCUGCCCAUCCGCACUGUCUACGUGCCCUCGCAUUUGUAUUACAUGCUCUUCGAGCUCUUCAAGAACUCCAUGAGAGCUGUGGUGGAGCACCACAAUAAUGACAACUGCGACACCCUGCCGCCCCUCAAGGUUGCCAUCUGCCGCGGCCAGGAAGACAUCUGCGUGAAGAUCUCCGAUCAGGGUGGCGGCAUUCCGCGCUCCCAAACUGACCAGCUUUUCAAGUACAUGUACAGCACGGCUCCGCAGCCAUCCAAGUCGGAUCUGCACACGGUUCCUUUGGCCGGCUAUGGGUACGGUCUGCCUAUAUCGCGGCUCUACGCUCGCUACUUCCAUGGCGACAUAGUGCUGCUCUCGUGCGAGGGCUUCGGCACGGAUGCCAUAAUCUACCUAAAGGCUCUGUCCGAUGAGGCCAACGAGCUGCUGCCCAUCUUCAACAAGACGAGCUCCAAGUUCUAUCGCGCCACGGUGCCUACGGGCGACUGGUCCAAUCAGAGCUCCGAUAUGAAUGCCCGACAGCUGUCGGCCACCACACCAAAACGCUACAACGACUUGGUCCAGGAUGCCUAAGACCGAUUCCGCGCACGCAACUGCUAACUGCUACUCAGGUUAAGGACUUACAUAUGACGAUUCAGGAACAACAGCAACAGUUGGAUAUACAAGGACACACAUCACUAGCUCUAGACAAAGACAUUCCCAAACAGCAGAAGUCGCCACUCGUAUUCAUGGCAGCAACGUUAGUGAACUAAGUUUUCGUGUUGUUAUUGAAAAUGAAAAACGAUGGUAGAAAUACAUAAUGCUAAUUGUUAAAGAUCAA